GCAUUGUCGCGCUUCACGUCGCGUCUCAUUAGUAGCAGACGCGUUUGCAUUCCUCCUCCACCCUCAUUUUGCCUCUAUUUUAUCCAGCCGGCUCAGUUGUCAUGGAUAUUGACGCAAGCUCCUCUCCUCCAAUGCGACACACUUCCCUCCCUCCAAGCAGCGCACCAAUACCAAGUUUACCCUCUAACGGUAGCUCACCUCCACGGAGGACACCAAAUCGUUCCGCAGGAAACGCGUUAUCUCUCGGGGAUGACGAGGUUGAAGAUGACAGAGAUCGAGAUGCUGCUGCGCGAAGAAGACGGCGGCCAAAAGGCAACACCCAAAUCAAUGUUGAUGUCCCCAUCGUACGUGACGCGGUCGGCGAGUCUGUGAGGGAGAAUUUUGAAACAUUUCUCAAAACAUAUACCGACGAGAUCGCACUGGCACCAACCCCAGCCUCAGACGGCGGUGUGCCAAUUGCACCCGAUGGCGAACUCAUCUAUAUUGAACAAAUCCAUACUAUGCGUGAAUACGAACUGACAACGCUCUAUGUUGACUAUGGCCAUAUUCUUCAGCGGGACGACGUAUUAGCUGACGCGAUACAAAAGCAAUACUAUCGUUUCCUUCCUUAUAUCCGUAGGGCUGUUCACAACCUCGUUGCGGAAUUCGAGCCAGAAUACCUCAAACUGAACCCCACUGCUGCUGCCACAGACUCUAUCAAUCUACAGUCCCGCGAAUUUAACGUUGCCUUCUACCACUUACCGCUCGUGUCCGGCAUUCGUGACCUCCGCACAGACAAAAUCGGUACUCUCAUGAGUAUCAGUGGAACUGUUACUAGGACAAGUGAGGUUCGACCUGAGUUGCUCUUCGGGAGCUUCAUUUGCGAGGUUUGUGGAGGUCUCGUCAACGAAAUCGAACAGCAAUUCAAAUACACAGAGCCAAAUCUGUGCCCUAACCCAACCUGCGGUAACCGAAACGCGUGGCAGCUCCAGAUUGACAGUUCUAAAUUCACUGACUGGCAGAAAGUCCGCAUCCAAGAAAACCCAUCGGAGAUCCCCACAGGAUCCAUGCCUCGUUCACUAGACGUGAUCCUCAGAUCUGAAUUAGUAGAACGCGCAAAGGCUGGUGAUAAAUGUGUCUUUACUGGGACAUUCAUCGUGGUUCCAGAUGUCAGCCAGCUCGGAUUGCCUGGUGGCAAUAAGGCAGAGCUCAUGCGAGAGGCUGGUCGUGCCAAUGGUAACACUGGUGCCUCUGCAGUUGGCGGCGUUGGUGUAACUGGCCUGAAAAGCCUCGGUGUCCGAGACCUGCAAUAUAAGACCGCAUUCCUUGCGUGUAUGGUCCAUGAUGCCGAUGGUCGUGCCGGUACCAAUAUACGUGGUGAAGAAGAGGAAGGCGAAGAUGGUGGUCAAGCUUUUGCUCGCUCUCUCACAGAACCCGAGUUCGAAGAGCUUAAACAGAUGAUCGAGUCAGACCAUAUUUACUCCCGUUUGGUGGAGAGUAUUGCACCCACCGUGUACGGGCACGAAAUCGUCAAGAAGGGUCUCCUAUUACAAUUAAUGGGAGGCGUGCAUAAACAAACACAAGAGGGUAUGCAUCUUCGUGGUGAUAUCAACAUCUGUAUCGUCGGCGACCCUUCUACUUCGAAGUCGCAAUUCCUGAAGUAUAUUUGUUCUUUCCUUCCUCGAGCAGUGUAUACCUCAGGAAAGGCUUCAUCAGCGGCAGGUCUGACAGCUGCCGUCGUCAAGGACGAAGAGACGGGCGAUUUCACCAUUGAAGCCGGUGCUCUGAUGCUUGCUGACAACGGGAUCUGUGCGAUUGAUGAAUUUGACAAGAUGGACAUUUCAGAUCAAGUCGCUAUCCACGAAGCCAUGGAACAACAGACCAUUUCCAUUGCCAAAGCGGGUAUUCACGCCACGUUGAAUGCACGCACAUCGAUUUUGGCUGCAGCCAACCCUAUUGGUGGCAGAUAUGAUCGGAAGAAAACCCUUAGAGCGAACGUCGCAAUGACAGCACCCAUUAUGAGCCGUUUCGACUUGUUCUUCGUGGUAUUGGACGAAUGCGACGAGAAAUCGGAUCUGAAUAUUGCAAAACAUAUCGUGAACGUGCAUCGAUUCCAAGACGAGGCUAUUCAUCCGGAGUUCAGCACCGAGGCACUGCAGCGAUAUAUCCGUUAUGCCCGCACGUUCAAUCCAAAGCUUACGCCGGAAGCAGCUGAUGUCCUUGUCGAGAAGUAUCGCAUCCUCAGACAGGAUGAUGCUUCUGGUACCGGGCGUAAUUCAUACCGGAUUACUGUUCGUCAACUGGAGAGUAUGAUUCGUCUCAGUGAGGCAAUCGCUCGAGCAAACUGCACAGCCGAGAUUACACCUGCCUUCGUCAGAGAAGCAUACUCCCUUCUUCGACAGUCUAUCAUUCAUGUCGAUCAAGACGAUAUCGACUUUGAUGAGGAAGAGCUCGAAGGAGAGCGUGAUGGCGAUCGACGUCCGCGUGCCGCUGACGGUGAUGCGGAGGAGAGCCAAGACGUUGAGAUGACUGCUGCCGAAAUCGCUGCUACAGAAGAGGCGGAGCAGAGCUACAACGAGUCGAUGGCCAUCAACGGUUCAGGCCCAAGUCGUUCUGCAGCGACAUCUCGAGCUGGUAGUGUGAUGCCUGAAGCGCCAAUGCCCGUUCCUCCUGCUCAACCGAAGCGGAGGAUGGUCAUCACUCAUGAUAAAUUCAUGCAGCUGCAGAGUCUUAUCGUUCUUCAUUUGUCUCAAUUUGAACGAGAGACCGGAAGAGGUGUUGAUCGCGAUGAGCUUGUUGACUGGUAUCUCGAGUUGAAGGAAGAGGAGAUUCAAGACGUAGAUGAAUUGGAGUACGAGAAGGAGUUGAUCACAAAAAUGUUGAGGAAGCUUGUCAAGGAUAACUACCUGAUUGAGGUGAGAGGAGAUGUUCAAGAAUCUUUACCGUCUCUCGACGAGAGCAGCGGCCAAGCGUCUAUGGAAUCUCAAGGAGGCGAUGUUCGUGUGUACUAUAUGGUGCAUCCGUCAGUGGAUACGGAUGAGACCACCUCGUCAAUAGCAUGAAGUUGAUCAUUACAUAUAUCUGUUAUGCUUCUCUCGCUAUCGUUGUUCAUAUGUAGUUUCAAAUUUAAUGCAUUUGUAUCAGCCCUUGCU